AUGCAACGAUUUAACGAAGCGGAAGAUGAUUCAAUGUUGUGUUCGCCACUUUGGUGUGAAAAUUUGGAUGUUUUUGGUGUUAGAAGUGGAAUUUCGGCUCCCAUGACAGUUUGACUGCAAAUAUUUGUUGUUGAUAAACUUUGGAUGACCCAGAAAAAGUGAUUUGUGUAUUUCUCGAGGACAAUAAAAAUGCAUUUUUUUGGGAAAAACGCCGCGAAACCAGUUUAAUUAAUCACGGAAGCAGGAACAUUCAUGAAUAUUCGAUUUUUUGAAUUUUGCAAAAAUGUGUAGGUGCACUUUUGGCGAAAAAUUUCCAAGAGAUUUCGAACGAAAAAUUAGUAUAACAAUACGUUUUGUCAAGUAUGUGUUUCCUUUCGAAAUCAAUUGAAUUUAACUUUUUGCAUCUCUCAUUUUAUUUCUCAAGAGGUCAAAAUGGCUUAAUUGAUGGGGAAGAGGCAAAGUUUUGAAGCACUUUGUUUGUAAAUUUCGAAAUUUUGACAUUUUCUGCAAGUCUGGCACAGUUUUUUGUUCAAAAAUCUGAAUUAUGCCAUUCUGGCAUACUUUUCAACAAAAAUGUCUAGAUUUUUGAACCACAAUGUGGGCGGAGCCUAAUUUUGCAAGUCUGACACAGUUUUUUGUUCAAAAAUCUGAAUUAUGCAAGUCUGGCACAGUUUUUUGUUCAAAAAUCUGAAUUUUGCAAUUCUGGCAUACUUUUCAUCAGAAUGUCUAGAUUUUUGAACCACAAUGUGGGCGGAGCCUAAUUUUGCAAGUCUGGCACAGUUUUUUGUUCGAAAAUCUGAAUUUUGCAAGUUUGGCACAGUUUUUUGUUCAAAAAUCUGAAUUUUGCAAGUCUGGCACAGUUUUUUUUAUUAAAAAAUCUGAUUUUUGCAAUUCUGCCACAGUUUUCUAUCAAAGUUUUUCAUAUUUUUGUCCAAAAGUGGGCGGAGCUUAAUUUUGCAAGCCUGGCACAGUUUUUUGUUCGAAAAUCUGAAUUUUGCAAGUUUGGCACAGUUUUUUGUUCAAAAAUCUGAUUUUUGCAAGUCUGGCACAGUUUUUUGUUCAAAAAUCUGAAUUUUGCAAGUCUGGCACAGUUUUUUGUUCAAAAAUCUGAAUUUUGCAAGCCUGGCACAGUUUUUUGUUCAAAAAUCUAAAAUCUUGCAAGCCUGGCACACUUUUCAACAAAAUUCUUCAGAUUUUUCAUUAAAAAGUGGGCGGAGCCAAAUUUUUCUGCAAGCCUGGCACACAAUUUCCCCCCUUCCUAUCCUAUUUUAUUUAUCCCCCAACUAGUAGUACUAGUUAUCCUAACUCCUUUUUCUCCGCGCUAAGCUCCGCCCCUUUUUUUCACCAAGAAUAAGAAGAAGAAGACAUUAUAAUGAUGGUUGCCAUCUUCCCGUUAACCCUUUUUUUUGUGACAAAAAAGAAAGAGACGUUCCUUUUUCUCUAACAAAAUUUGUCCUUGACUUGAUCUUUUUUCUCAAUAGGAUUGGAUUGAAGAAGAAGAAGAAGAAGAACCUUGGGUUUUAACUAUUUUUAUAUAAAUUUAUAUAGUAAUUUUGGUUUUUCCGCAAGAAAUUUGAAAUUUGCUCUAUUUUUGUGCUCAUUUUGUGCUCGAAGAGCUCUCUCUGUGCAAAUAAACACUACCUUUUAGUAUAUGCUAAUUGACAGCCAAUUUCUUGGCAAAUAAAUGGACCUUUUUUUCUUCACAUAGAGAAAAAUAUGGUCAUUUUUUUUCUUUUCGCCAAACAAACAAUUUGGCCAAAAUUCCCUGGGGUGAAAUAAUUUCGAAUUUUUCGACACUUGAAACUUUUUAGUUUUCGCCAGUGUAGAUGUGGCGCAACUGGUUAGCGUGUGAACUAGCGAUCUAAAAGCCCUGGUUCGAGUCCCCAUGCGCGCUGUCAUUUUUUCUAGUUUUUUUCUCAUACCUAAUCCAUAAUUCUGACCCAAAAGGAAACAAAAAACAAGAAAAAGGGUCGACGAAAAUCGAAUUUGCGCGCUUCGGCAAAAAAUUUUCUUUUUUUUUUUUUUUUGAAAAAAAAUUUGUCACACUUUUUCUCUACUAAAAAUUUUUUUCGCAGGCAUGGGGAAUCGAACCCGCGCUUUCCACUCCAAAGGUUCCCCUCUAACCAGCUGCGCCUCAUAGACAAGUUCACAUCGUAAAUGUACAUUUAUGUAUUUAUUUUUGUGUUAAUUACCUAAUUAUCAUUCCGAUUUCUCUCUUCUUGUUCCUUUUUUCUUAACAAACUUGAUUUAUCCGACCGUAAAAUUUUUAUUUGUUUUUUUUUUCUUCCCCCAAAAAAAAUUCCAUUUUUUUCAGACAAAUCUUCAAAAAAUCAUGUCAAAAACAACAAAAAUUCUUCUAUAAUGCCAAAAAUCCCUAUGCUAUUCUAUAUUUUUCAGAUUUUCAGCCUCACUAUUUUGGCUGAAAAUCUGAAAUUCGAGGUCGAAGAAUCGGCCGAAGUGGGGCGGGUGAUUGGAUGGAUUUCGGGCAAACCUGAGCAAUCCCACACACCCACGUUUUUCGUCGUUUUCCCCGAUGAACAGAUUAGUAAGGUGAGCGAUUUUUGGGAAAUUUUUUGAAUUUGGCGCGAAAAAAUUGAUCUAUUUUCACACUAAUAUGAGCAAUGUAUAAAAAAACAUCUGCAUAUUAGUUAGCCCUUUUGUCUUGUCCAAAAGAACUACACACACACAUCAUUGAACAACUAUACUAUCAAUCAAAAAGCAAACAAAGCUGCUCUGGCAACACAAUGUUUUUAGGAGGCCGUGUAAUUUGCAUAUGAAAACACCUUGCACCAUCUGUUUUGGGGAGGGUGUCAAUAAGUGCAAAAAAUUGAGGAGAGAGAGAGACGCAGGGGAAAUCCACGUGGAUAUUUUGGCGCGAAAUUCAAAUUAUUUUUUAUUUCUAACAUGAGCAAUGUUUUUCAAAAUUUUUCAAGAACAAAAUGGACAAUGAGAUUCUAACAUGAGCAAUGCAAUAUUUUCAAAUUCAACACCAAAAAUGACACGUGUGUAGUUCUUUUGGACAAGAAAAAAAUCAAAAAAUUUCGAAAAUUUUUCGAAAAAUUAUCAAACGACACUCCGCUUGCCCGUUGUUUAAUUUUUUUCAUUUUUUUGAGCGUCAUCAUUUUUUUUCAAAACUUUUAUUCUUCCUCUAAUGCUAAUAUGAGCAAUGUUUUUCAAAAUUUUUAAGAAAACAAAAUUAAUUGUUCAAUUUUUGUAUGUAGUUCUUUUGGACAAUGAGCUUCUAACAUGAGCAAUGCAAUAUUUUCAAAUUUAACACCAAAAAUGACACGUGUAGUUCUUUUGGACAAUAAAAAAUCAUAAACUAAUAUGAGCAAUGCACCAAUUUCAACGAAUUUCCCAAUUAAAAUUAAACAUUUUUCGAAAAAUUUUCAAAAAUUUUAAAAUCAACAACGACACUCCGCUUGCCUGUUGUUUAAUUUUUUUCAUUUUUUUUUUCAAAACUUUCAUUCCUCCUCUAAUGCUAAUAUGAGCAAUGUAUAUGCAAAUUCGGGAGAAAAGCCAAUUUCUGAGGAGGCGAGGGGGGAUGAACCCGGCCAUUAGUAGUAGCACACCCUUUUAUUAGAUGAGAGAUGGAAAUGAGCACAUUGUUGUGCUCAAUUAUUUGAAUUAGGCUAACUUAGCACUUUGGACGAACUUUCGGAGAUUUUAUUUUUAGUUAGAGAUAGGAGGGGGGCUAGAGAGGUUAGAGACGCAGAGGCUACUAGAGAACCAGGGAAUGUUAGAGACGCAGAGGCUACUAGAGAACCAGGGAAUGCUAGAGACGCAGAGGCUACUAGAGAACCAGGGAAUGUUAGAGACGCAGAGGCUACUAGAAAACCAGGGAAUGUUAGAGACGCAGAGGCUAGUAGAGAACCAGUGAAUGUUAGAAACGCAGAGGCUAGUAGAGAACCAGGGAAUGUUAAAGGCGCAGAGGCUACUAGAGAACCAGGGAAUGUUAGAGACGCAGAGGCUAUUAGAGAACCAGGGAAUGUUAGAGACGCAGAGGCUACUAGAGAACCAGAGACGCAGAGAAACCGAUUAUUUUUUGCAGUUCCUAAAAGUCGACGAAAAAUCGGGACAAAUCUCAACAAUCGCUCAAUUGGACUAUGAAAAACGCGGGAAAUUCGAUUUUGUCGCGGUUCGAGUUGAGCAAAAUGCGCAGACCACUGAUAUCACUGUCGAAGUUGUUGAUGAAAAUGAUAAUGAGCCGAGAUUUGCGGAUCAACAUGUGAGGGUGAGUGAAAUUGGGGGAUUUUUGAAGAGAAAUUUCUGAAAUUCUGAAAAAUCUGAAAUUUUUUGAUUUAAUUAUUUUCAAUUUUCAAAAAAAAAUCUUCAUAAUUAGUGGGAUAAUCAAGUUAAUUAGACACCCUUCUCAACAUAUGGCACAUUAAAAAUAUUCACAUGAAAACAAGGUCAGAUGGCUCACUUGUUGACUUGGGGGGGGGACUUAUCCUAACUCCAAAAUUUUUGAAAUCAAAUUUUUUUUAAAAUAGCGAUUUCCUAACUUCCCAGCUUUUUAAAAACUGAAAAAAUUUGAAAAUUAAAAAAAUAAUAAAAAUAUUUUUUUCACGUUUUUUAAUUUUCACAAAAAUUUUGGCCAUUUUUGAAUUCAUGAAAAUUGGUUUGCAAAAAAAUAUUUGAAAUUUGUCAUAUUUGGGCUCGAAAUGCUCCAAAUCCCCAUCUGAAAUUGAAAUUUUCAGAUUCCACGUGGAAUUUGGAGCAUUUCAAGCCCAAAUAUAAGCAUGUUUGGGCUCAAAAUGCUCCAAAUUUUGAGCUAAAUUGGGAAAUUUCAGAUUCCACGUGGAAUUUGGAGCAUUUCAAGCCCAAAUAUCAUCAUGUUUGGGCUCAAAAUGCUCCAAAUUUUGAGCAGAAAUUUGAAAUUUUCAGAUUCCACGUGGAGUUUGGAGCAUUUUAAGCCCAAAUAUUAGCAUGUUUGGGCUUAAAAUGCUCCAAAUUUUGAGCUAAAUUUGAAAAUUUCAGAUUCCACGUGGAAUUUGGAGCAUUUCAAGCCCAAAUAUCAUCAUGUUUGGGCUUAAAAUGCUCCAAAUCCUCAUCUGAAAUUGAAAUUUUCAGCUAAAAAUCUCGGAAUUCGCUCAACUCGGCUCCUCAUUUGCCCUGCCAACUGUCACCGAUCUCGAUGGUCCGAAUUUCAACGUGAAAAAAUUCGAAAUCCUCCAAGGAAACGUCAAUAAUGUGUUCAAAAUCAGCACACGCGCCGCUGCCGAAAAAUCCGAUCAAUUGCAGGCGGAUCUGGUGAUAAAUGGACAAUUGGAUCGAGAAUUUCGAGAUUCCUAUGAAUUGCUGAUUGAGGCGGAAGACGGCGGAAAACCGGCGAAAUGCGGGCAGAUUCGUGUGUCAAUCGAUAUUUUGGAUGCGAAUGAUAUGGCUCCGAUAUUCACGCGAACUCGAUAUUCCGCAACAAUCUCACCGAAUAUCACGAUUGGCGCGAAGAUUAUUGAAGUGCACGCGGAAGACGGCGACAUUGCGGAGAAUGCGCGAGUUUCGUAUGAGAUUCGCAAGACUGCCGCACCUUCUAAUGGACUUUUUGAGAUUGAUGAGCGCGGUUGGAUUUCGGUGCGCGGAGAGUUGUUGGCGGCGUCGACGCAUGAUUUGAUUGUGGUGGCGAGGGAUCAUGGUGAGUUGGAGAGGGGGUGCAGACAGCUAGAGAAAGUUAGAGAUGCAGAGAGCUAGAGAAAAUCUAGCGAGUGUUAGAGAUGCAGAGUGGUCAGACAGCUAGAGACAAUGUAGAUAGUGUUAGAGACGCAGAGAUUGCAGACAGCUAGAGAAAGUUAGAGACGCAGAGAGUCUAGACAGCUAGAGAAUGUUAGAGAUGCAGAGAGUGUAGACAGCUAGAGAAUGUUAGAGAUGCAGAGUGGUCAGACAGCUGGAGAAAGUUAGAGAUGCAGAGAGUCUAGACAGCUGGAGACACUUUAGAGAGUGUUAAAGACGCGGAGAGUGUAGACAACUAGUGAAAGUUAGAGACGCAGAGGGUGUAGACAACUAGAGAACGUGGAUAUGUUAGAGACGCAGAGGGUGAGCAGACAAUCUAGAGAGUGUUAGAGAUGCAGAGAGUGUAGACAGCUAGAGAAUGUUAGAGAUGCAGAGAUUAAAGAGAGCUAGAGACUAGAAAGCAGUUGGAGACGCAGAGGGUGAGCAGACAGCUAAAGAAAGUUAGAGACGCAGAGAGAUUAGACAACUAGAAAAAGUUAGAGACGCAGAGAUUGCAAACAGCUAAAGAACAUGGAUUUGUUAGAGACGCAGAGGGUGAGCAGACAUCUAGAGAGUGUUAGAGACGCAGAGCUAGAGACAAUUUGAAGAGUGUGAGACGCAGAGUAAACAAACGACUAGAGUUUGGAAAACAGUUAGAGACGCAGAGAGGCUAGACAGCUAGAGAAAGUUAGAGAUGCAGAGAGUGUAGACAGCUAGAGAACGGUAGAGACGCAGAGGGUGAGCAGACAAUCUAGAUGCCAACAAAGCUAGUUAGAGACGCAGAGAGAGAGAGAGCAGAAAAUCUAGAGAAAGUUAGAGACGCAGAGAGUGCAGACAAUCUAGAGAGUGUUAGAGACGCGGAGUGGCUAGAGACUAGAGAAAGUUAGAGACGCAGAGUGGGCAGGCAGCUAGAUACAAUCUAGAGAGUGUUAGAGAUGCAGAGAGUGUAGACAACUAGAGCAAAUCUAGAGAAAGUUAGAGAUGCAGAGUGGGCAGACAGCUAGAGACAAUCUAGAGAGUGUUAGAGAUGCAGAGAGCUUGAGACUAUGAAGCAGUUGGAGACGCAGAGAGGCUAGAGAACAUGGGUAUGUUAGAGACGCAGAGAGUGUAGACAAUUAGAGAGUGUUAGAGACGCAGAGUAAACAUACCUCAAUUUUCAGGAAGUCCAAGCCUGUCAACCUCAUCAGUCGUCACCAUCACUGUGCUCGGAUCGAGCCUCUCGGCUCCACCUCUUGACGUCAUCUGGCUCGUCGAAUCCAACUCGGCACAUCUCAUGGAAAACUCGACACUCGGCUCAAUCGUCGCUCGAGUUAGCCUAUCUCCCGAAUACCGCGCAACCAAACUCAAACUCAUUGGCUGUCAAGCGUUGUGUCCCCAACAAACUGACAUUGCUCAUGUUUAUCUAUUGCUGCUAUGCGGCGUUUUGGACAGAGAAUCACAACCCGAGUAUCAUCUGAAGUUCUUGCUGGAAACAUCGGAUGGGCAGAUUGCGGUCGAACAUCCGAUUCUGUUGACGAUCGGUGAUGUGAAUGAUAAUUGGCCGAGUUGGCAUAGUUCACCGAUUCAUAUUUCGCUGAAUCGAAGUGUUGGUGGAGCCAGAAGUUUGACUGCGCAAGAUCCGGAUGCUGGGCAAAAUGGAUUCAUCAAAUAUUCGAUUCUGGACACUGAACUAGUUUCGAUUGACCCCGAAACUGGCAGGAUUUUUGUGCCAAAGCCGAUUGAUUGUAGCAUUGGGCCGGAGUUGAGAUUUCGAGUUCGGGCCGAGGAUAACGGACAGCCCGUGCUGUUCAAUGAUUUGCAAGUGGUUGCGGAUUUGUUGGACGCGGAAAGUCGACCGCCGCAAUUUCAGAAAUCACUUUGGCAGGUGGAGGUGGCGGAGGAUUUGGCUAUUGGGACUUGUUUGAUUAAGGUGGGUGAAGGGUUAGAGACGCAGAGUACACAGACGGCUAGAGAACUUGGAUAUGUUAGAGACGCAGAGUGGCUAGACAGCUAG